UGGGAUGCGUAGGCUACUCUCGGUGAGGAGGAGGAGGCACGCCAACUGUGAAAGCUUUGGUAUUCCUCGGCCACUUGGGUGUCUUUUGUCAUGUAGCCUAGCCUUAUUCCAAUCUCUACCGGUUCCGGUUUAAAGGUUUUUGUUAGUCAUUGCUGAUAUCCAUUCUUCUUUUCUGACCAAUCUGUGUAUAUUUUUUGACGCGUCUUCCCAAUGAUUUGGUGAUAUAGGGUAUUCAUUUUGACAGAAGGAGUUUAUAAGGCUACUUUAAUGCAGCCUAUUAUUUACCAUUUCUUGGCGGAGGCUAAGUUAUAUGAAAACGGGAUGGGACCGACCGUGAUUUCAAGUUUUGUAUAGGUUAACAAAACCACUUGGAUUACCCUGAAUCUGUAACUGGAGUUCGGCUGUGUCGACAACGUAUGUAGCCUAACCUCAAAUAAAGGAAAUUGUUUUUUCCGAAAGGCUUGACUAUGGGUUGUGUCAAGAGCAAAGAGGACAAGGGCCCUGGGACGAAGUACCGGCCCGCUGACUCGAACUCCACCACUCUGAGCCCACACAUGGGCCACUACGGCCCUGACCCCACGCAGAUGGGCCAGUCGCCGGCCCUCAAGGGCCCCGUCAACAGCUACAACAGUCACCCCAAUGUCCUCACCCCCUUCGGAGGCUCCUCCAUGUCCAACGUCAUCACUCCCUUCGGCGGGGCGUCGUCCUCCUUCUCCGCAGUUGCCGUGAGCAACCCCUUUCCAGGUGUUGUCACAGGUGGUGUGACAUUCUUUGUGGCCUUAUACGACUAUGAAGCCAGGACGUCAGAUGACCUUUCAUUUAAGAAGGGCGACCGCUUUCAGAUCAUCAACAACACAGAGGGUGACUGGUGGGAGGCGCGUUCUAUCAACACGGGGAAGAAGGGCUACAUUCCCAGCAAUUACGUGGCUCCGGCCGAUUCCAUCCAGGCGGAAGAAUGGUACUUUGGGAAGAUGGGCCGCAAAGACGCCGAGAGACUGCUCCUAGUCCCUGGGAACCAGCGAGGCACUUUCCUGGCGAGAGAGAGCGAGACGACUAAAGGAGCGUUCUCCCUGUCCAUACGGGAUUGGGACGAGGUGAAGGGAGACAAUGUGAAACACUACAAGAUCCGCAAGCUGGACAACGGAGGCUACUACAUCACUACCAGAGCCCAGUUCGACACACUACAGAAACUCGUGAAGCAUUAUACUGAGCAUGCCGAUGGCCUGUGCCACAGGCUGACGACGGUGUGUCCGACAGUGAAGCCCCAGACCCAGGGCCUGGCCAGGGAUGCCUGGGAGAUCCCGCGGGAGUCCUUGCGGCUGGAGGUCAAGCUGGGACAGGGCUGCUUCGGAGAGGUGUGGAUGGGCACCUGGAACGGCACGACCAAGGUGGCCAUUAAGACCCUGAAGCCGGGCACCAUGUCCCCGGAGGCCUUCCUGCAGGAGGCCCAGAUCAUGAAGAAGCUGCGCCACGACAAGCUGGUGCCCCUCUACGCCGUGGUGUCCGAGGAGCCCAUCUACAUCGUCACCGAGUACAUGGGCAAAGGGAGUCUGCUGGACUUCUUGAAGGAAGGAGAGGGCAAAUAUCUCAAGCUGCCUCAGCUGGUGGACUUGGCCGCACAGAUUGCAGACGGCAUGGCUUUCAUCGAGAGGAUGAACUACAUCCACAGAGACCUGCGGGCAGCUAAUAUUCUCGUCGGGGACAACCUCGUGUGCAAGAUCGCUGACUUCGGCCUGGCCAGACUGAUCGAAGACAACGAAUACACAGCCAGACAAGGAGCCAAGUUCCCCAUCAAGUGGACGGCCCCCGAGGCCGCCCUGUACGGCCGCUUCACCAUCAAGUCAGACGUCUGGUCCUUUGGCAUCCUGCUGACGGAGCUGGUGACCAAGGGCAGAGUGCCAUACCCAGGCAUGGUGAACCGGGAGGUGCUGGAGCAGGUGGAGCGAGGCUACCGGAUGCCGUGCCCGCAGGGCUGCCCCGAGUCCCUGCACGAGAUGAUGCGCAACUGCUGGAAGAAGGACGCGGACGAGCGGCCCACCUUCGACUACCUCCAGUCCUUCCUGGAGGACUACUUCACGGCCACGGAGCCGCAGUACCAGCCCGGGGACAACCUGUAAGAGUGUCCAGCGCAGGGGUCACCACCAACACCCCCCCCCCCCACCCCGAGCAUGGAGGAGAGAGCGGCUUGGUGCAGUGCUGCCAGGCCCCCCCCCCACACCCCCCCUUGUUUAUAGAGACAAGUAGCGUGAGCCAGGGUCCCAAACCACUGAGACGCUGUGGUACAUUUCCUCCUUCAGAGGCACCCCCCCUCCCGCCCCCCAAUCCCCACCAACUUAACCUGUCCUUGAAUUUUGGGAGAUUUCUUUUGUUUCAUUUCAUUUCGUUUUUGUUUUUGUUUUUGUUUCAUGUGGAUAAAAUCAUUGUCAGGGGUGUCCUUGUACUUUGAACUUGUACCCUUAGUACAGUUAGGGUCUGUUGCACCUGACCAUUCAUUUCAUUGGAGCUUUAGAGGGAGUAAAAGAUGUUUUGUAGAGAGCAAGCUCUGUGUUCGAUACCUUUUGAUCAGCUAACUCUGUCCCAUGUCAUACUUAGCAGCACAUUGUGUGGUUAUCAACAUUAGUCUGCUGGAGACAGGGUGUGGGGUUCUGAAACAAAAAAGCAAUGGCUGGUUCACAAUUGCACAAAAGUACACUUACUUUUUAUGAAACUUUAUUUCUUACUUCAUAGAAAUUUUAUUUCAGUUUCUAUUUUUUUUUGUAUUUUCUUCUCCACAACAGUAAAAUCUUCUUUUUUUUAAUUAAUGAACAAGAUGACAGAUCGAGGUUAAUAUCAGUGUCAUGUAGUCAUUUCAGUUGAUUUGAUUAUUUUCUCCCUUUCUCUUCUGUUUAGUUUCAAUAGUGAGUUUUAUCAAGUGACCAAUAACUGUGGUAGAUCAUGGGAGAUCAUGUCCUUGCGACUGGUGCGUGAAAUAAUAUGUGUGAGAGGGACAAAGAUGAAGUGUUGAAUGAAUCAAGGAACAAGUGAGGACAGUAGCCAUUUGAAUGUAUUCUGAAUAAACUGUGGGAAGUGGGUUUUUGAGAGCAUAUGCAUUUGAUUUUUAAAAGGGUGAUCAAUGGGGUAGAGGUGCAGAGAUUUAGUGUUGUGUGUCUGUAUGUGUUUGCUUUUUCUACACUGGUGGCAAAUCAUGAGUGGAUUUUUAAGAAAAAAAAGUUGUAGUACUUUUUCUUUCUCAGAUUUAAAAAAAAGAAUAUUCAUGAAUUUUAUGACAACUUGAAUCAUAUCUCAUAUAAAAGGUGUUGAAGGGCUGUGCAGGAAAUUUGUUUUAAAAUUUUUACAUUUGUUGACCUUUUGUUUUGGUAGAAUUGUAUUCUGCAGCUAUUAUCUUCAGUUACAUGUAACUGACUGAUUCUAAAUUUGUUGUUAAUUUACAUGAUUGGCCAAUGAGGAGACAGCAGUAUAGUAGGAGGAUGCCAACACAUUGAAAGUAUCCUGGUCCGUAUGCAUUUCGCUGCAUCUUUCUAGUAUGUUACUGGCUCUGUACUUACCAGUCGCCCAAUGCCUCCUUUACCUCCAUUUGUGUCAUCGCUGAGAGUGUGGUCAUGGGCUUGUCGGACACACUCAUUUUUUUUUUUAAACAAAUGUUUUAAAGGCGUCCAUAAACAGUGUUUUCAAUGUAAUUUGCCAAAAGUCAAUUUAAAUGUGGUUCCUCUGGUCCCAUCUCAAAAUGAUGAGACAUAUCCAGCCAGAGGUCACCCGUCAGUGUUCAUAAGAGAGCGGGCGUUGCCCACAUGCCCAGUGCUGUUGCCCAGCCUGGUAGCUUUACCCUCCGCUCAUCUUAGCUGCAGCCACAAAACAUGUGCACUCCCACUUCAAGUUGGUCUGUUGUCACCUAGGACAUUUCAGUUGGGCUUAUUGCUCAUCAACAAGCACAGACAUCAUGGUAGAAACAUUCUCAACCAUUAGGUGGACCCUGUCCACUCACAUUCCACCCUGAUUUCAUUGCCAUCGUCAGCAAAGUAAAACUGUCUGCAACAUGUAGAGUAUGCCUACCACCAGGCAUGUUUUCAUGAUGUUUUCAACAUAGCUUACAGCUUAGUUACUGCUUUUAGGAACACAAAUGGCUUGUCCAUUGUGAGAUCUCAUCUGUGACUAGAUUGCAAGAGGGUUAUAAGAAAGUGUUGGAAUUUGCCUUGUCACAUUGUUGCAGAGCUGUGAAAUGGCUUCCCCAGUGUGAAAUGUACUCCUUGUUUUUGUGUAAUGCUGUGGUAUGUUUUCAAGGUGGAUGAGUCAAGUCACAUCUUGCAUUCAGCUCCUGUGUCUGUGCACUGUACGUAUUGUUGAAGGUGGAGUGGUAUGAGGUGGAUUGCCGGGAGGAACAAAGACGGAUUUUCUGUGGGUUCUUACUACCUGUACCUGGAACAUGUGUUGUGCUGUAGUCUACCUAGACAGAGCCUGUGAUGCCUAUGGGAGAUGCUCUGGGCAAGUCUCACCAUUCUGGUCAAAAUAACCCAAUUUUCCACUUUUCCUACUGAGGGAGGAUUUGAUUUUUUUUUUAUUUUUAUUUUUUUGUCUGACUGUACUGUGACACUUUAGUCUUCAGGGAGGGCUGCAAUGUCAUCUUCGUAGAGAUCCAUAUAUCAGCCCUCUUUGUUCUACUACCAUCCAUGUUUCCCAGACAUAAUCCCAUUUUCAAAAGGGCUACGGUGUUAAAUUCUUUGUUUUUUAGAGCUCUCAAAAGAACGGAAUGGAAGGUGCUGGAAUACAGAGCCCUGGGAGUCGAGCUUGGAGAGUAAGAUGGCUACACUUACUAAUCUGAAGAAAUUGUACAGUGACAAAUAAUAAACUUUUAUGUAAUGCUUUUACCUGC